AUGGAUCGUGCCAAAAAACGUUUAGCAUCAGCGCUGGAUGGUUUCAGGAGUCAACAUAAAUCGGAAAUGGAACUAGAAGAGAAGAUAACUGCUGAAGAUGUUUGUUUGACAGGAAUCGUAAGGCAUGGAUUUCCAGACGACCCACGAUGUAUGGCUUAUGAUGUCGUACAACGAUUGCUAGCCAUAGGCACUGGCCAUGGAAUAAUCAGAGUUAUCGGAGAUGUUGGAGUGGAUUAUUGUUUGAAGCAUGAAUCAGACGCUGCUGUACUUCAUAUACAAUUCUUGACCAAUGAAGGAGCACUAGUUACUGCAUGCCGUGAUGACCUGAUACAUUUGUGGAACUUUCGGCAAAAGGUACCAGUGAUAUUGCACAGUAUACAGUUAACGAAGGAGCAAAUUACCUGUAUCAGCCACUCUUUCCAAAGUAAAUGGCUUUAUUUGGGGACCGAACGUGGUAAUGUAUAUUUUGUUAAAAUAGCCACAUUUACCUUAUCUAGUUACGCUAUCAACUGGAACAAGGCCAUUGAUUUAGGUGUUCGUACUCAUCCUGGUGGUGUAAAAGCUAUUUCUACCUGCCCCACCGAACUUUCUAAAUUAUUGAUUCUAUAUGAAAAAGGGAGUAUUGUAUUAUGGAACCUUCAAACGAAAGAAGUGGAGAGAUUCAUAUCUGAUCAUCCAGCUCGUUGUUUUGCAUGGCAUCAUGAUGGCCGACAGUUUAUGUGUGGUACAGCUGAUGGAUGCUUGUUGGUUUGGAAUAUUCGAAAGCCCGGAGAAUAUAUACAAAAAUUGCAACCUCAUGGACAGAAGUGUAAUUCUAUUAAUCAGGUUGAUUGGAGGCAUUCAGCAGAUGGAGAACAGUUAAUUAUUUUUGGUGGUGGCAUGUCACAGGAAGAUGGCGUAUUUUCCUCUUUAACCAUAAUGAGAGCAUCAAAAUCGAUUACAGUUUUGGAAUUAGACCAUCCUUUGAUAACCUUUACACCUCUGAAUUCUUCACCUUAUAGCAGUGUAUCACAGCAACCUUCUAGUGUUGCAGUACUAAUGAAGAAUGAUUUGCUUGUUAUCGAUCUAACUAUUCCAGGCUAUCCUUGCCAUGAAAAUGUUACUCCUAUGGAUAUUCAUGAAUCACGGGUACGAUGUAUAUGUUAUUUUUCCAAUUGUCCUCUUGAUUUACUUGGUGCCCUAGCACUUGUUGGUUCGAAACAGCGGCGUCAAGGAUUUAGUGAUAAGCCAUGGCCGAUCACAGGUGGAAGUGGACGAGAUUGUGCAAUGGGUCAUCAAGAAUUAUUACUUACGGGCCAUGAAGACGGAUCUAUAAAAUUCUGGCAAGCAUCGGGUGAGCAUCUUCAAAUCUUGUACAAAUUAAAAAGUGGGCGACAUUUCGAACGAAAUGAUGGAUUGGAAUCUCAUGAAGCAUCACAUGCUGUUACGAUGAUUGAAUUAUGUUUGGAUUCACGAUUGCUGCUAGUUGCCGCACAAAGUGGACAGUUGACACUAUUUCGUUUUGUAAAAACUGAGAACGCUCAUGAAAUUACUGUAAUUAAUAUUCCAUCUACAUUUUCUUUUUUAUCGGGUAAUGUGGAAUCGAAUAAAACAUCUCCAAAGAGAGAAUUAAGAAGGCAGGGAACGGCAAUCUCAGUGGAAUCAAAUAGUACAGAUACCAGUGAAGGUAGCACAAAUGAUGGUUAUUUUCCAUUGAAAGUGAAAGGUGGAGUGCUCAGAAGACUUGCAGGGUAUCAGCCAGAUUUGGUAUGCAUGGUUCCGUGGAGGAAUGCGUCACAACCGGAGACAAUUACAGCAGUUGCUCUCAAUUCAGCAUACGGCAUUAUUGCACUUGGCACAUCAUCAAGUUUAACUCUGAUUGAUUUGGUGCAGUAUAUCAUAAUAUGUUCGUGGUCACUCGCUGAUCUAUACAUGCAGCAGCAUUCAACACCAAUAUUGCUUAGUCAAAACAGCAAUUCAAGCCAAUAUGAUCCAUUUGUCAUAUCAUCGCAGCAACAAGAAACUUCCACAACAAAUGUAUCUUUGGAAAUGGAUACCAUAUAUUCAGGAGAUAUUUCAGCUAAAUGUGCUACGCCAAAAGGAGCUAAAACUACAUCGCCGAUACAAUUGCGACCUUCCAAUAAAUUGUCGCAUCGUCGAAAGCUUUUCAAACAUAUGACGUUAGGCAAAACAUUUCUUAGUCGGACAGCAGAUGGAAAUGAAAAAAUGAAAACAAUGGAAACAAUAACAACAGAAAACAAGGAAACAUUUACAUGCAAACAUACCUCGCCGCACAAUUUAGAUCACAAAAAACGUUUUCAAUUGGAAAGUACAUCUGUGCGAAGCAAUGAAAUCUUAAGAGCGGAAGAUUCGGAAGGAGUUCGGGAGGUUGAUGUAAACUGUUUGAUAGACAAACUUCGUGUCAGAAGAAAAACUUUUAUUCGAUCAUCAACGAUACACACGUCAACAGCCUCUGAUGAACAGUUCAAAUCAAUGUCGGGUUCGAAAAUAACAUUAGAUUCAACAAUAACGAAGAGAACUUCAGUAGAUGAGAGUCCAUCAAGCACUAACAAGAUGUUUUUUUCGGAAAGUGUGACAUCGCUUACAUUUAUUCAGUCAUUUGUCAAAAAAAGAGAUCCUCGAGCACAUUUGUGCCUUUGGGUUGGUACUUCUGCGAGCACAUGUAUUAUCUAUCAUUUGUUACUUCCGACUGAUCGUCAAAACUCAACAGUCUCCGUGGCUCAUAGCGGUUCAAUAGUUCAGACGCGAGGACGUAUGCUGUAUACAACGCUAAUGGAUCGAAAUUUUUGUUUAUUAGAGGGAGCAGCAGAAAGUUAUCAUGAAAAGGUGAUUGCGAAACCCAAAGAAGAUGAUCGGAAUCAUUCAGAAGAAAAUAACUUUCCGAAUAAAGUUCUUACAAAACUGAGUCUUUCACCAACUUGUUCAAACGCGACAGAAUACUCCCGAGAGGAUGACUUUCUACAGUUUGCUGUUUUGGUUUCUGAAGAUGAAGUACAUACCGUUGCAUUGCCAAAUUUCAAUUCUUUGUUUUUAUACCGUCCGGAAUUCCCAUUCGUUAAGGCACGAGCAACACACGUUCAUGGUUAUCCCGUGCUAAUGUUAUUGAAUGGUGCGGGGCAAAUUGUUAUAUUAAGUCUUCCGAGUUUGAGGCUUCUUCUUUGCUCAAAUCUCUUCCGACAUUCUGUUGAUUACGAUGACCCUAUUUGUUUCAAGACGUCCUUUGCUGAACAUGGGUUGGGUAUGUAUACCAUAACGCCAUCAGAGAUCCAAAAAUUCACUAUUUGCUCGGAAUUAGCAAGCCAAGUGCAGGAAUCAGCUGGCGAGUUGUUCGUGCCUGUUGAUAUGCCUGAGCCACCAAAAAGUUCAUUUUUGAAAGGAAUGUCAACCUUAUUUGCCAGUCAAAAAGACAGCUUCGAUUUGGAUUCUAUAUUUCUUGACAAAAAUUCCAACUCUGUGCCCGGCAGUAGUAUGCGUUCUAUUGCAAAAACAAUACCUGGUCCAUCAAGUAUGGAACAAGCUACAGCACGAGGAGCAUCGGCGGGUCAAGCUGCAAAUAUGGCUUUACAAGCCUUACAUGAACGUGCGGAAAAGCUGAACGUAACUGUAGAUGCAACGGAACGACUUAAAGAAAAUGCAAUGACUCUUUCGCAACGAACAGGAAAGCUAGUGGAAAAGUAUGAAAAGAAGAAAUGGUAUAAUUUCUAG